UCACCUUGGGUCAACAGGUCAGCUAGGUCACCUUGGGUCAACAGGUCAGUUAGGUCACCUUGGGUCAACAGAUCAGCUAGGUCACCUUGGGUUAACAGGUCAGCUAGGUCACCUUGGGUCAACAGGUCAGCUUGGUCACCUUGGGUCAACAGGUCAGCUAGGUCACCUUGGGUCAACAGGUCAGCUAGGUCACCUUGGGUUAACAGGUCAGCUAGGUCACCUUGGGUCAACAGGUCAGCUUGGUCACUUUGGGUCAACAGGUCAGCUAGAUCACCUUGGGUCAACAGACCAGCUAGGUCACCUUGGGUCAACAGACCAGAUGGAUCACCUUGGGUCAACAUGUCAGCUAGGUCACCUUGGGUCACAAGACCAGCUAGGUCACCUUGGGACAAGAGGUCAGCUAGGUCACCUUGGGUCAACAGGUCACCUAGGUUACCUUGGGUCAACAUGUCAGCUAAGUCACCUUGGGUCAACUGAUCAGCAAGGUCACCUUGGGUCAACAGACCAGCAAGGUCGCCUUGGGUCAACAGGUCACCUAGGUCACCUUGGGUCAACAGAUCAGCUAGGUCAUCUUGGGACAAGAGGUCAGCUAG